CCACAUCCCUGGAGUGUUCUGGUCCCCUUAAGGGCCCCUGGCCAGCACUGGCCCCAUGCCCUGAGCCUGACAGGCAUCCCCAGCUGCUGAACCAUGGAGGAGACGGUGCCCUCGGUGGAAACCUACGAGGCGGCCAUGGUGCUGAGCGGGGUGGGGGAUGCACUGGGGUACCGGGCAGGCCGCUGGGAAUACUGCACCUCAGGCCUCCAGAUCCACGCCGAGCUGGCCGAGCUGGGCGGGCUGGCAGCCAUCACCCUCGAGCCCCCCGAGUGGCCCGUCAGCGAUGACACCGUCCUGCACCUUGCCACCGCCGAGGGCCUGGCCACAGGCCUGGAGGGGGAAGCCCUCCUGCAGGAGCUGGCCCGCCGCUAUGUGGCUGCCAUGGGGGACAUGGAGGGACGCAAACCCGGACCCAGCAGCAUCCUAGGCACCUCGCAGCUGCGGCCAGGGGAGCCCGAGGGCUAUCGCAUCCCCUUCAACCCCCGCGGCACCGGCUGCGGGGCCGCCAUGCGCAGCCUGGCCAUCGGCCUCAGGUACCCACAUGCCUGGGAGCUGCCGACUCUGAUCCGGGUGAGCAUCGAGAGCGGGCGCAUGACCCACCACCACCCCACUGGGUACCUUGGAGCACUGGCGGUGGCCCUCUUUGGGGCACUGGGGAGUCGGGGGGAGCCCCCAGAGCGCUGGGGGGCUGAGCUGCUGCGGGUCCUGCCCCUGGCAUGGGACUACGUGGAGGGCACCGGGGUGGCCGUGGAGGACAAUGCUGCUGCCUGGCCAUUCUUUGGGGAGGCGUGGCACCGGUACCUGGACUCCCGUGGGCUUCUGGAGGGCCGUGGCCCACCACGGGUGCCAUCCCUCCCAUCCCCAGCCGAGCGGGACACGGAGUACCUAGGCUGGGCAUUGGAAGGCUGGCCAGGCCGUAGUGGCCAUGACGCGCCCAUGGUGGCCCUGGAGGCCCUGCUGGCAGCUGGUGGGUGCUGGGAAGAGCUGUGUGCCAGGGCAGUGCUGCACGGCGGGGACAGCGAUUCCACGGGGACCAUUGCUGCUGGGUGCUGGGGGCUGCGGGGCGGGCUGGCAUCCAUCCCCCCGGGGCUGCACUGCCGCCUCGAGCACCGCGGGCGGCUGUGCCAUGCUGCCCGCCAGCUGCACGCGCUGGCCUGGGGGGGACGGUGAGUGCCCCUCCAUCCCUGGUAUCACCCGCUGUCCCUCUCCAAGGGAAGCUCCUGUGGCUUGCCCAGGGCACAGCGAGGACCAGCGUGGGGUCACAGCGGGGCUGGGGAGUUAACGGGCCUGGGAGACCCUUGGGUGAAGCAGGGCCUUCCAAAGUGUGCUGGGGUCCAAGGAAAGCCCACCACAGCUGUGUCCAGUUGGCCUUUUAGUCCUCCCCAGGUAGAGACCCCAAAACCCGCCCAAGGAGCCUCAGUCACCCUCACACUAAAGAACGUCUCCUCCCAAGCCA